AUGUAUGAGAAUCCGCUGAUGGAGAGCUCGGAGUGCAACAGCGAGUGCAGAAGCCACGAACACGUGGCCAGCCUCACUCUCGGGAUCCACCGUGUUUGCGAGGCUCUGAGCCCGGCGUCAAAGCUCAAAUUUUGUCAGGUAUUAGCGGACGGGGAGAACCAGGCCGCUGGGUUGAAGACGCUUCCAUACGAGUCGAAGCAGGCAAUCGAGGCCUUCAAGGAAGUUGUUGGAGUACGCCAGUGGGAUGAGCAUCUGAACACAAUGGCAGCGCUCGAUCAUGUGCAGACGACGGUGUGGGUCGGCAGCGCCAUGAGACUAUUGGUUAUGAAUAACCGCACGAUUGACCAGGACCAAGGGGAGAUGGACGAGCAGCUGGCACAGGAAUGUCACCAGACGGGAGUGUGGACUGCGAAGGCGGGUACUCGCGUUUUGGCAGGCUGGCUGGUGAUAAGAACGAACCAGGAAAGAUGGGAGCUUUUUCGACGGACUAGUCCACCUCCGCGCGGAAUGUUAGUCACAGACAAGUUGGAACUCGAUCUGACGACGCGGGAGUGUCUCGUCCUGCGGCGAUCAAAGUUGCCCAAGAUGACAAUCGACGUCCGCACAGGGCAGCUGGAAGUUUCGACGCCCGGUCAAGAAGGUGAAUAUGCAGCCGUGUCUUAUCGUUGGGCCGACGUUAGUGGCAACCUGGAUUCUAUGCUGUCGACGCUCAGGAAACUUUUGACGGGAGUGGUGGAAAGAUUUUGGGUUGAUCAGCUUUGCAUCAAGCAAGACGACGAGGUCGAGAAGGCCGAGGAGGUGGCCAGAUUUGCCGAAUACUACACCGGGGCCUCCCUCGUAUUGGCAUACGUGCCUGAGUUCCGACCAUCCGUGGUCUUACCGGCCAACGUCCUACUUGCUCCAGAGCAGACGGAGCAGAUGUGGAGCCUCGCGCAGGUAGUUAAGGGAAGCAAGUGGAACUCGAGGAUGUGGACGUUGCAAGAAGCAAUGCUAGCUCACAACGUCUGUGUCUGUUCCGAACAUGGAACGACGAACCUCUGCAGUCUCCUUGCUGUUGGAGGCUUUGAGGAGGCAGAAUUGUCGAGAAGGAGGACGGUACAGGUCGGGACCACAGUGGCCGCUGCGAACGGCAGGAUCGUUACUUGCACCACGUCAAGUCUUACCAACAUUAACAAGACGUUGUUGCCGAGCACCAGACCAUUUGUUUGUGCAGCCAGAGCAAAAGCCCGCGUAUAUCCUCCGCUGCGAAUAUGGCGAUUGGCUGCGACGCGGCAGUGCAGCAUCCCACUGGACAGAAUCUUUGCGACGCGGGCGCUUGUCGUACGCGGAAUGGAGAUAGUGGUCGACUACAAAAAGACGGAGGGCGAGGUCAUGGACGAGGUAGCGGCCAAGGGAAUACUGGGUGCUGGAAUUAUGUCUGGCAAUACCGUGCGAGCAGAUCACGGCAAGGGAUGGCAGAACAAGAGUUUCAGGGACCUGAUCAACGGGAUAGAAACUAGAGGUCCGCCGGUGGAAGUAGGGGUACACGGCGAGUUGGUGGUGCAGGCUGCCGAGGUGGAAGUGGUGGCUUUGAAGGGUGAGCAUUCCGCCGUGGUGCGUAAUAUGGCAACCGGCGAGGAAUGGGAACAUCUGCUGUACUGGUGGGAGGGAGACAGUGCCGGGAAGGAGUAUGGUCAAGACAGUAUGCAGGCGGAGUAG